CAGCUGACACUCCCUACUCAUUUUCCCCACAGGCAUUUCCCACUUCCUAUCAGAAGACAAAGUCCUCUGGUAAUCAUGAAGAUUCUCCUCCUCUAUCAGAGAUUUAGAUUCAUCUGGCUUGCCAAGCCAGCCAGCCGGCACUUCCACAGACAACCCCAGCUCUGGACACCUCUGACGCUUGCUGACUUUGAAGCCAUAAAUCGCUGUGAGAAGCCAUUACCCAAGACCUUUAACUUUGCUGCGGAUGUACUGGACCAGUGGUCCCAAAAGGAGAAGUCUGGAGAGAGGCCAGCCAGCCCUGCCCUGUGGUGGGUAAAUGGCAAAGGAGAUGAAGUGAAAUGGAGCUUCCAAGAACUGGGUUCCUUGUCCCGAAAGGCUGCUAACGUGCUCACCAAGCCCUGCGGCCUGCAAAGAGGAGACCGGGUGGCUGUGAUACUGCCCCGCAUCCCCGAAUGGUGGCUCAUCAAUGUGGCUUGCAUGAGAACAGGGCUUGUCUUCAUGCCAGGAACGACCCAACUGACCAGGAAAGACAUCCUCUACCGACUACAAGCAUCCAAGGCCAAGUGCAUUGUGGCCAGUGAGGAAGUGGCCCCUGAAGUGGACUCCAUUGUGUCAGAGUGUCCCAACCUGAAGACUAAACUCCUGGUGUCUUCAAACCACUGGGACGGAUGGCUCAACUUUCAAGAGUUACUUCCACUGGCCUCCGAGGAGCACAGCUGUGUGGAGACAGGAAGUCAAGAACCAAUGGCCAUUUACUUCACCAGUGGGACCACAGGUUCCCCCAAGAUGGCUCAGCAUUCACAGAGCAGCCUUGGCAUUGGAUAUGCUCUUUGUGGAAGGUAUUGGCUGGACUUGACACCCUCAGAUAUCAUGUGGAACAUGUCAGACACUGGCUGGAUCAAGGCUGCCAUUGGUAGUGUGUUUUCUGCAUGGCUUCGAGGUGCCUGUGUUUUCGUGCACCGGAUGGCUCAGUUUGACAGUGAUACCUUCCUAGAUACGCUUACCACUUAUCCCAUCACAACCCUGUGCAGUGCUCCUACUGUGUACCGGAUGCUCGUGCAAAAGGACCUUAAGAGAUAUCAGUUCAAGAGUCUGCGGCACUGCUUGACAGGAGGGGAGCCGCUCAACCCAGAGGUGCUGGAGCAGUGGAAGGUGCAAACUGGGCUGGAGCUGUAUGAAGGCUAUGGACAAACUGAAGUGGGAAUAAUUUGUGCCAAUCGCAAAGGACAAGAAAUUAAACCAGGCUCCAUGGGAAAAGGAGUAGUGCCCUACGAUGUCCAGAUUAUAGAUGAAAAUGGAAAUGUCCUACCACCUGGCAAAGAAGGGGAAAUUGCCCUCAGACUAGAGUCUACUCGGCCCUUCUGCUUCUUCUCCGAAUAUGUGGAUAAUCCAGAAAAGACUGAUGCCACAAUCAGAAGAAAUUUUUAUGUCACUGGAGACAGAGGAGUAAUGGACAAUGAUGGAUAUUUCUGGUUUGUCGGCAGAGCUGACGAUGUCAUUAUAUCCUCUGGGUACCGUAUUGGGCCAUUUGAGGUGGAGAGCGCACUGAUAGAGCACCCAGCAGUAGUUGAGUCAGCUGUUGUCAGCAGUCCAGAUCCCAUCCGAGGAGAGGUGGUGAAAGCAUUUGUAGUAUUAGCUGCACCCUUCAAGUCCUCCAACCGUGAGAAGUUAAUUGCUGAACUUCAGGAUCAUGUGAAAAACUCAACAGCACCUUACAAAUACCCAAGAAAGGUGGAAUUUGUUCAAGAACUCCCGAAGACAAUCACUGGGAAAAUCAAACGCAAUGUGUUGAGAGACCGGGAGUGGGGCCGAGCAUAGCUGGACAAGAACAAGG